AUGAUUCAAAUCAAGACCGCUGCUCUAGUCAUGCUUUUCGCUGGCCAAGCGCUUUCCGGACCCGUUGAAUCCCGGCAAGCCUCGGUGAGCAUUGAUGCCAAAUUCAAGGCUCACGGGAAGAAGUAUCUUGGAAACAUUGGUGAUCAGGGCACCUUGAACAAGAACGCAAAGACCCCGGCAAUCCUCAAGGCCAACUUUGGUCAACUGACCCCGGAGAACAGUAUGAAGUGGGAUGCUACUGAGCCAAACAAAGGGCAGUUCAACUUCGCAGGGGGGACUAUCUGGUAUGUCAACUUUGCCCAGUCAAAUGGGAAGCUGGUCCGUGGCCAUACCCUAGUGUGGCACUCCCAGCUCCCAUCUUGGGUCUCUUCUAUCUCCGACAAAACAACCUUGAUCAAUGUCAUGAAGAACCACAUUACCACGGUGAUGAACCACUACAAGGGCAAAAUCUACGCCUGGGACGUUGUGAAUGAAAUUUUCAACGAGGAUGGUUCCCUUCGUAACAGUGUCUUCUACAAUGUUAUUGGCGAAGACUUUGUGCGGAUUGCUUUCGAAACAGCUCGUGCUGCAGACCCAAAUGCGAAGCUCUACAUCAAUGACUACAACCUGGAUUCCGCCUCUUAUCCUAAGGUCAACGGUAUGGUCAGCCAUGUCAAGAAAUGGAUUGCUGCCGGUGUCCCAAUUGACGGAAUUGGCUCUCAAACCCACUUAGGCGCCGGUGGCGCUCUUAAUGCCCUAGCCAGUGCUGGAACGAAGGAGGUCGCUAUCACUGAGCUUGAUAUUGCUGGCGCCAGCUCUACUGACUACGUAAAUGCUGUCAAAGCUUGCCUGAACCUGCCAAAGUGUGUCGGAAUCACGGUUUGGGGAGUUGCUGACCCGGAUUCGUGGCGCUCCAGUUCUAGCCCAUUGCUUUUCGACUGGAACUACAACCCUAAGGAUGCAUACAACGCUAUCGCAAAUGCCCUCUAG